UCUUCUUCGUCAUAUUCUUCUUCUUCUUCACUCAAUUAGGUCACUUUCUCUCUCCUCUCUUCUCUCUCUAAAAUUUUCCUGCAAAAAUGGUGCGAUUGAGCAACAAUCUGGUCGGAAUUCUCAACUUCAUCACGUUCCUCCUGUCGAUUCCGAUCCUUGGCGCCGGAAUAUGGCUGAGCAAGCAAGGCGACAGCGUCUGCGAGAAGUUUCUCGAGAAGCCGAUCAUCAUCAUCGGCGUCUUCCUCUUGCUCGUCUCUCUCGCCGGCCUCAUCGGCGCCUGUUGCGGCGUCUCGUGGCUCCUCUGGCUCUACCUUGUCGUAAUGUUCUUCCUCAUCGUCAUCCUCUUCUCCUUCACGAUCUUCACCUUCGUCGUCACCAACAAAGGCGCCGGGAAAGCUCUCUCCGGCAAGGGAUACAAGGAGUAUAAGCUUGGAGAUUACUCCAAUUGGCUGCAGAAGAGGGUUAACAACAACAAGAACUGGAACAAGAUCAAGAGCUGUCUUAUUGAUGGCAAGGUUUGCUCGGAAUUUCAUCAGGAGUAUAUUCGCGACACAGUCAAUGAGCUCUACUCCGAGCAUUUAACUGCGAUUCAGUCUGGUUGCUGUAAGCCAUCCGAUGAAUGUAAUUUUACCUACGUGAGCCCUACUGAAUGGACAACGGCGAAUUCCACAUCUUCCAUUCCUGACUGCGGUGCAUGGGGCAAUGACCCGAAAGUUCUGUGCUUUAACUGCCAAUCAUGCAAAGCUGGAGUUCUGGACAACCUAAAGAGUAACUGGAAGAAGGUCUCUGUGGUCAACAUUAUUACCCUCAUCUUCCUCAUUAUCGUUUACUCCGUGGGCUGCUGUGCUUUCAGGAACAACCGGAGGGACCACGCUUAUUGGAAAUGAUAAAAGAGGCUGGAUUAGAUAUUAGGAUGUAGAUUUUGCUUAGGAGGCUUUCUGUGUUUAGAUGGAUUCUAUGUGAGUCACCAGCAUAUGGGGUUUUCAUUCUGUAAAGCCUUUUUGGUUCCUUCUUUUUCUACCAUGCCAUACAGGCUUAACUUCUUAGAGAAUAUGUUUCUAUUAUAAAUGGAGUUAUUAUAUGAUGGUUUCAUUGAUUUUUUAUCUUUCA